AUGACACGGCCAUGUCUGCGACUGCCUCUGUUGCGACACGUCGCCAGGAGAUGCUUCUCGCACUCGCCUGUCCGCCGUGACCUCCGCGACAUUGCUGCCUUGCCCGACCGCAUCCGCCCUUCGUAUCAAGGUACUUUUUGCUCACCACGCACGUGCUGGACCGUCAUGACGCUGACCGAAUCAUCACAGNAGACCAAACACCAGGACCUCCUGUCGCUGCAAUGGCCUCAGCCGCCUCGCAACAUCCUGAUCGUCCACAAAACUGGCUCCAACACCGUCUCUGAAGCCGUCCACGAAUACGCCAACCAUAUCCACUCGACCUACCCUGGAGUCUCCCUCAUCUUCGAGCCCAACGUCGCCAAAGCCUUGCACACCGACUUCUCUUUCCCCAUCUACUCGACGACAGAAGAAUCAAAAGAUGCUCGUUUACAAGACAAGGUCGAUCUGACCUCGACUCUCGGCGGCGACGGCACCAUUCUCCACGCAUCUUCUCUCUUCGCAAACGCUCAGAAUGUCCCUCCCAUCCUCUCCUUCAGCAUGGGUACCCUAGGCUUCCUCGGCGAGUGGAACUUCUCCGACUACAAGCGCGCCCUUCGUGAGGUCUACAUGUCAGGCGCCUCCGCAGGUUACGGCAGUGCCCUUCUGGAGACAGAGUCUGGUAAAGAGAAGGACGUCUUCUCAGGCUGGACUUCUGUCCGUGGCAUGUCCAUGGGUCCAUCACGCUCCUCUCGCGUCCUUCUCAGAAACAGACUUAAAGUCGGCAUCUUUGCCGCAGACGGCACUCCCAUCACCCACGCCGACCCUUCGGCUCCCAUGUGUUCUUCCGACUGCGAAGCCAACAACAACUGCGACGUCUUUGCCAUGAACGAGGUCUUGCUCCACCGUGGCCGUACACCCCAUCUCAGCAUCAUCAACAUCUACGUUGGCGGCCGCUUCUUGACUGAAGCGGUAGCCGAUGGCCUGUUGAUAAGCACUCCCACGGGCUCGACAGCCUACUCCUUGUCCUCUGGCGGCAGCAUCGUCCAUCCUCUCGUCUCUUCCCUGCUGCUCACUCCCAUCUGCCCUCGUAGUCUCUCUUUUCGCCCUCUGGUACUCCCUUCGAAUACACCCAUCACGUUACGUCUAUCUCCCAAGAAUCGUAGCGAUGAGAUAGAACUGUCUGUCGAUGGAGUACGCAGAGAAAGAGGUUUGACGAGAGGUAUGGAGGUCAGAGUCGUGGGAGAAGAAGUUAGAAGUGAGGAGAGGACUUGGGGUGGAGGUGGCGUGCCGUCUAUUGUCAGGACUGGUGGAAACAAUGGAGCUGAAGGCCAUGACCACUGGGUUGGUGGCUUGAACGGUCUGCUCAAGUUCAACUUUCCUUUUGGCGAGGAAUAG